GGAAUCGAGGCUAGCUAAAAAGGGCCAGAUUGAUUGGCUAGACUGCUGAGCCUACUUCUAGCUACAGCAGAGCACAGAUAGUGUGGAAAGUUACUGCAAAUAUUAAGGUAUUGGAUUUGCAGCUCAAGGCAAUCAGCUCAGGUGUUUGACCUGACAGCUCCCGGCUUUCAGCGACACGAGACACUGCAUUAACCAUCCGGAAAUGCCUGGAAACCAUAUCUUGUUGUUGCUUGCAAUCCUAGCUGUGGCUGGUUGUGAUUUGGAACAGUGGAAACACUUCGGAUUAGUUUGGUGUAGGAACGAGACUGCAGGAGAUAUGCAUAUAACUCGAAUCACCUCAAUACAGCCAUUUUCGGAAAGAUCCCAGCUUAAAUUGGUUUUCAUCGAUGGCAUCCCUCAAAUUGCCCCUGAGGCAGACCUCGCCCUCUGCAUAUACCCAGUCAGGGAUCUUGUCUCCCCCUCUGGUCUGUCCCUAGCAUGUGGUAGUCUGGAGAAUGGUGUUGUGAGGCCAUUCAAGAAUGCCCACUGGGAGAAGAAUGGGCGUCGGAUUGGAUCUAGUAAAAGACUGGUGGUUGCCAUAGGAGACAUCCAACCUAAUGAGUAUCAGUGCUACCUUCACCGUGACUCAUUUCAUGGAGCUCCUACAAUCACACUAUCAACUAUCCAAGGUGGUACCCAGUGCCUACAGUAUUCUACAUACAGUGAAGAGGACCAUGUGGGAUGCUCUACUGAUUCUUCAUACCGUGCAGUACAGCCAGAUACAGACCUUGGAAGCUGUGUCACAACUAAGGAAAAUUUCGUCAUCCGUGUUCCUGAGAUUAGUCUGAAUGUAGAAGAGCUGGUAGCCAUUUAUCAAGGAGAUGGCCAGCCACAACUGGGUGCAACUGCUGUGAAUGUGUGGGACCAUACUGUGGAUGGUCUGAAACCGAGGACACUACAUAGAGUUCAGCUACGUCUUCAGCUAGUUGACGAGUCCGAUAUGGCUUUUGUACCAGUGAUUCUAUCAAUCAAUGAUGAACAAGUUAUGCUAACAGAGGUUAACGAAAACACAAAACAAACUCUUCUUGAGCUAUGGUCCUACUCUAACUAUGAAGGAAUAAUCAAAUUAUCAGUGGAUAUGGUGUUUCUGUUGGACUUUCCUAAACAGCCUGGUCUGCCUGUAGUGGAAGUGAAUUAUUGUGUGCAGCAGCUCAAUACAGAUAUUCUCUCGCUGGACCGUUAUCUUCUAGUACCGAUCACUCCUUUAAUUAUCCAUGUGCCUGAGUCGGCCAAAAUCGGGCACAGAGUCGGACCAUCUAUAAGUCAAAUAUUAAAUGCUCCCUUGAGUCUUAACUAUUUCUUACACAGCUCAAAAUUAUUUCAUAUUGAAAGACAGACUGGUCAGAUUUCCUUAAAAAGACAAUGUCUUGACUUUGAGUCAGGUCACAUUAUGUAUAACCUUACUAUUGGUGUUAAGCAUAACGGCUUUUCUAUUAGUCAAUUCAAUGUAACUGUUAUGGUUGAUGAUGUAAUCGAUGAGCAUCCGGUCUUCAGUAAAACAGUGUACAACGUAAACAUUCCGAAUAAAUCUCACAAAGACACAAAACUUGUUCAAUUCGAAAUCUACGAUAAUGAUCAAAGAGAUAAGCAUUCGAUUGAAAUAACUUCCGUGAAACCCAAGAGUGAUCUUUUCAGUUUCGAUCAAUCUUCAAUGUCUAUGUUUGUUGAUGGAAGCGGAGGGUUGAGCGAACCAGCGUAUGAAGUGAUGGUUAGAGCCACUGACUUAGCUGGGUUAACUGCUGAGGCAACAGUGCUCGUGUCAGUUCACAAUCAGAAAGAAACUGUACAAUUUGAUUACAAGACUUUCGUUCAGGAGAGUACACUUCCUGAUCUUCCAAUUUUCGUAAUUGAUUCAACAAUGUACAGUCAGUGUAGGUGUCUCGACAGCAGAGAGCAUCGAUUUCAGGUUCAGAAAAGCAAUGAAAAUCAUUGGGAGAUUUGGCUAGUAGAAAAACUUGAUUAUGAGAGAAACCAAUUCCUAAACCUAACUGUAGCUUGCCAAAACUCAAACUCACAGAUUGUUGCUAUAUACCACGAUCAGAUAGUUGUCAUGGAUGCCAACGAUAAUGCCCCUGUGUUUCCUAUACAUUUUUCCCAGUAUUCUUUCCCUGAGAAUUUGAAACAUGGCUCUAUACAGAUACCCAUAGAAGCUAUUGACUCAGACAGCAAGCAGUACGGUGAAGUAACUCGUUAUUAUCUCGAUCCACCAACUCCUGGUUUUGUGGUCACUUACAACUUGAAACUGAAACAACAUUACAUAACAAAUACUCACUCGCUAGAUUACGAGACACUGAGUGAAUACACAUUGACAAUAUUUGCACAAGACGGUAGUGGAUUGGUGUCUGAGACCCCUCUCACUAUACGCCUGUCUGUCACUGAUCAAAAUGAUAAUGCUCCCAUCUUUGAGAAAGAAUUUUACAGCAUCAAUGUCAGCCAUAACUAUUUUGGUCCAACCCUCCAAGUUUUAGCUCGCGAUGAAGACUCUUUAUCAGCUGUAAAGUAUGAACUCCACUCUCCUUACGACUUUGUCACUGUGCACCCGGACACAGGUCUUAUAUCAAUUGCUCCGCAUUCAAUUUGUACUGUUCAUAGCUCCCUGUAUGUUGGGUAUGUGGUUGCUAUGGAUGAAAAUGGAUGUAUCUCAGCACCUUCGAAGUUUGAAAUCAGCGUGGAGGAAUUGGAAUUGAAUGAAUGCCUAGUCGUCCCCGAAGAAACUCAUUUUGAACUUCAGAUACCGGAAAAUGUACUUGAGGGUUUCAUAAUUGGCAGAGUCGUGUGUGGAGGAUGUACAUCAUUCAGUUUAUUGACCCAGCUAGUUCCUUUUGAUGUAUUGUCCGAGAAUGGUGAACUGUUUGUUACGGACCUUAUAGACUACGAGACUGAUCCACACAAUUACAACUUAUCUGUGGUUGCCUUGGACACCAAUGGGCAGCUAAUCGAAAUGACUAUCAAUAUCGAAAUCCUUGACAUGAAUGAACAUUUUCCCUACUUUAUUCCGCCCAUAAUCAACUCUAUUACUCUUGAUUCUAGUGUGCCUGAGGGCAAUGUGUUACUGACCAUCAACGCAAGAGAUGAUGACCUAGGCUCCGAAUUUGGUGAAAUUUCAAAGCUUACGCUUAUUCCAUCCAUAGCAAUGCCUGUACUUCCUUUUACUGUUGAAAAGAGUCACGAUUGUUCGGGACUGUUCUACCUUAAAGCAAACACCAUGCUAUUCCAAGAAAAAUUACUGUCACGACUCAGCUUCAUUGAUAUACUAGCUAUCGAUGGAGGAGGUGUCUCGUCAGAAUAUUUAAGAGUCAAUGUGGAAAUAAAGAUUGAAGAAGACCAAUUCCCUCACACUCACAAUACACGAUUCACUCGUCAAGCUCAAAACGAAACUGAAAAUGAAGAAACUCUCUCCCCAAUAGAACUUUCAAUUGAAUAUCGAGGAAGGUCUCGCUCUUUUGAAACCAUUGGCUCGUCUUCUCGACCGUUGACUGUUAUUGUGCAAGAGAACUCACUUCCUGGAGACUUUGAUUUGCUUGUUGAUUUAGUGAGGGAAAACCAAACAGUUUGUCCUGAAAUGUUCAGCUCGUUAGAGUUAGUACUGAGUGAGAUAGACAUUCCUUUCUAUGUUGUUAAAAAUGAACGUUCGUGUGUGUUUUCGAUUGUGAACGCUAUCGUCUUGGAUUAUGAAAGUGAAAAUCAAUCAGUCUAUUACCGUUUCAAUACUCAAGCACUCUUUGAUGGAUCACCGAUUGCUGAAAUUACAGUAGAAGUGUUUGUCAUUGAUGAAAAUGAGUUUGCUCCGGUGUUCAGAUCCAGUUCCUAUUCUGUUAUAUUUCAAGAGAAUUUUAUCGGAUUUUUGUUCCAAGCUCUUGCCACUGACCAAGAUGGAAGUCUAGAGUUCAGUCGAAUACGAUACAACGUGUCUGGAGAUAGCAGUUUUGAAAUAUUGCCUGAUGGAUCCGUCCAAUCAGUUUUCAGUUUCGAUUACGAAUUUGCAGAUCCCUGCUAUAAUUUCAAUAUCACAGCUACUGAUGAUGGUGGAUUGAUGGGUGUGGCGCUAGUGGAAGCUUGUCUGGAGGACACGAAUGAUAAUUGUUCUCAGUUUGAUCGAAGUGAGUACGUCAUCAACAUACCCGAAAACUCAUUGAGUGAGAAGGCAUUGUUUAAUCUGUCAGCCAUCGACUAUGACUCUAGGAGUGACUUUAGUUCCGUUGUUAUCUUUGACAUUGAGUCGAAUGACACGUUUAUCACUGGAAUUAUCAGCCUUGUGGGUAAUCAGCUGUUUCUUCGCCGAGCUUUGGAUUUUGAGUCCGAUCCGGCGGUAUUUUCCAUCAUAUUGUCGGCUACAGAUGCCGCUGACAAUAAAUGUACUACAAAUGUCACUGUCCAAGUUGUAAAUGAAAAUGAUUUUCCACCGAUUUUUACCGCUGAGUUCGAGCAAGUGUAUAUCCCCGAGGAGACAUUCCCCUACACGUUGCCAAACUUCCCAGAGAAUUUCUUAGCUUGCUUUGCAGUCACUGAUCAAGAUGGCGAUAAUAUCACAUACUUUUUACCAUUUCCUUCUCCACUGUUUGAAUUGUCUGCCGAGCACGAAGGCUGUAUCCUACUAAAUGGUUUUUUAGAUUACGAAGUAGCGAUAAGACACGAGGUCGAAAUAUCUGCCACGGAUGGAAAACACAAUGUUUCUUCUUUCCUGAUUGUUGAUGUUGAGAAUCGAAAUGAUUUGUCUCUCAAGGUGAAGUCUGUUCAUGAGGUGGAUGUAUUAGAAGCAUUCUAUACAACCGAUCCUAUUCUAAUCAUUGAAGUGAACAAUCCUACACCUGGGUUUAAUUAUCUCUUCUCGCUAGACGAGCCCUCGGAAAUGUUCCAUGUUAGUUUCCGGGGGAGAGUGCAUCUUAGAGCUGAGCUUGAUUACGAGACUAGAACCUCCCACUCUUUGGCUGUAACCGUGGGAGAUGGCACAGGCCAAGCUCUACUCACUGUUAUCAUCAAUGUACAGCCAGUAAAUGAGUUUCCGCCCAUGUUCCUUCGAAAUAGAGCAUCUCAAAGGACUUUAUCGGAGAAUACUCUGCCGGGCUUGUUCGAUGUCACCCUCAACGCUAUUGAUGGGGAUAGAGAUUCUGCAUAUCCCAUUUUGUACGAGAUUGAAUAUAUCACUGUAGAUGGUAAAGCUGUGGACGAGUACAAAGCUGAUGGAGUUGUUGUGAAACGUCCAUUUGGUGUGAUACAGCCUGAGAAUAGCGAGAGCACUGGAAAACUAAUUAACACCGAGAGCCUCGACUACGAAUCAGAUCCCAGACAGUACGAAUUGGCCAUUUAUGCAAAUGAUACAGUAUUCAGAUCAACCACCCCCUUCCGUUUGACUGUGUAUGUCGAGGACGCCAAUGACCAUGCACCUGCAUUUGACAACGAAAGUUAUGCCUUCACAUUGUCGGAAAAAGAGGAUAAUUUCGAACUUCAAAUACCAGUAAACGAUGGUGAUGGUUCAGAACAAUAUUCUUUUGUGUCUUUUUUCAGACUAGUUCCAAUCUAUCCAAUUGACGUGGCUCUUCCAUUCUUUAUAAGCAGUGGAAUAAUAAGAAAUGUUAGAAGAUUUGAUUUUGAGCGACCACCAAAUGAGUACGUGUUCCAGCUUAUUGCAUCAGACGAUUACGGCAUGUCUGGUUCUACGAAUGUCACCAUCACGAUUCUAGACGCCAACGACUUUAAACCCGAGUUUGAAAGGGGUAUUUACGAAAUUACUGUUCCAGAGACAAUUCCUGUAGGAUCUGAGAUCAUUAGAGUGAGUGCAACUGACGGAGAUGGUGGAUCUCACUUCAAUACCAUUCAGUACACACUUACCGAAAGCAGUACUCCUCUGAUUGAUCUUCCGUUCGAUAUAAACUCUACCACUGGUAUUAUCUCACUAAAAACUCCUGUCGAUUUCGAUGAGGGAGACGAAGGAGGUGACUUUUUCGUAAAAGCAGAAGAUGCAGGUGGUCUCAGCUCAAUAACGAGGGUGUUCGUUUCCUUUGAAGAUAUUAAUGAUAAUGCUCCUUGCCCCUUAGUGAGAAGUUUCAGCACUCAAAUCUCCGAAAAUACUUUUUAUGAUCGUCCACUGAGAAGGAUACAAGUGUUUGACAUCGAUUACUAUGCCGACAACCCUAGGCCUGUUUACUACUUGGAGCCUAGCUACAGUGUCUUCGUCAUUGAUGGAGCUGGUAGACUAUAUAUGACAGGGCCACUAGACUAUGAGGAGAGGCCUGUAUACAACUUUAAAGUGGUCUCCUCUGAUGGAAUCCAAAAUUGCAGUACUACCACUUCAAUUCAAAUCACUGUGCUGAAUUUAGACGAUAAUAGACCAAUGUUUUUACCAUCUUCAUACGAAUACAACAUCUCAGAAGCUUUAGAGCCUGGGGUGAUAUUCAACAUCUCUGCAUUCGACGCUGACCCUCCUGAUGAAAUUUUCGAGUAUAGGCUCAUUGACAACCAGUUUGAUUUUCCAUUCACAGUAUCUGACGAUGGUAGAGUGUCGACCACCAGUCGAUUCAACGCCGACGAUCCCUCACAGCAAUUAGUGUACACUUUUGAGGCACUAGCGUACAAUCAGUACGGACAAGACACUCAACCCCCUGCGCAGAUAACCAUUCGUAUUCUCGAUGUGAACGACCACCCCCCACAGUUUGACGAGGAUGUCUAUUUUGUUUCUACUCCCGAGAAUACCUCACCUGGAGUUGGGAAUGUAUUGACUGUUAGUGCACGUGAUGACGAUAGAACUGCUGAGUACAGUACACUUUCUUUUGAGUUAGUGUCCGAAUCAGAUAUUAUCUUAUCCACAUUUUCUAUCAAUUCUCUCUCUGGUGAUAUCUCUUUAACUAGUGCUCUCGAUUACGAGUCCAUUUCGCAAUUGUUAUUCACUUUUGUUGUUAUGGCUACCGAUGGACUGCACGAAAGGAGAACCAAUGUGUCAGUACUACUUACUGAUGUGAAUGAGUUUCCACCACAAUUUACCAACAGUACGUACAACAUUGUGGUUCCAUUGAACGUCCCAUUAGGAGCACCUGUGUAUACAUUUGUUGCCAAUGACAAUGAUGGAAGUGAACAAUUCGGACAAGUAUCAAGGUACAUUUUGAUUCGAGACAACUCCUUGUCUAGAGGGAAAUUUCCUUUUGAGCUAGCACUUAACGGUACACUGCACACAGUGAUCAAUGCAACUAACUACGAAGAGACACAAUACUCGUUCAGAGUAAUGGCAUAUGACAGUGGGAACUUGACAUCCUCUCUCGUAAAUGUUACCAUCUUGUUCAGAGAUUUUGGCCUAGAUCAACUUUUAACUAAACAUUGCAUUAAACUUCCGGAAAACUCAAUUGCCUAUGUUCCUAUUGAUUUCCCGUCCAUUGGCCAACAAAACGAAAACAUCUACUCUUAUCAACUAAUAGCAUCUACGUUCCUAACGUUGUCCGGUAAUGAACUGAGGCUGACAAGAAUGCUGGAUUUUGAAGACACACAACAUUAUGCUGCCAAGCUACUAGCUACCAACAGAUUAGGUGACUCUGUGCCAAUAUCGAUAUCAGUGUGUGCUCAGAACGUCAAUGACAAUCCGACAGAGUUUGUCGAUAGCACCAGACAUCUUGUCCUCACCGACAGUAACGAAGUGGGUCCACAGCUUCUCUUGGAGCUGCUUGACAGAGAUUCCAACUGGGGAGAAACAGAUUAUUUACAAUCACAAGCGAGUACCUGCUGUGAUCAGAACGACUUCCUUCAAACUAACGUCUCAUUUGUAAUCAGCUCUCAGAAUGCUCCAUUUGAGUUGAGCCUACAGUCAAAUGAAAGUGCUGGUUACGCAGUAUUAUCUAACACCGUCCCUAUAGCAGACAUGCUGUCUUGUAGCUAUGCGUUCGAAGUCAUCAUCGUCGACACUGAUGGGAUGUCAUCUUCGUCCCCCAUCGCUAUCAGUGUGAGUAUCGAGAGACCUCCACAAGGAUCUCCCACUUUCCGUCAAUCAUCCUUCACGUUCAUCUUAUCUGAGAACACUAAAGAGUUCUUUGAUGUCUCUACCACACAUCUUUCGGAAUUAAAUGCCUGUUUGGAUCCGAGACUCAGUAAUUUUGAAUACAGGAUACUCAAUGGUACCGAAGAGUUGCCGUUUUCUAUUGAUAGCAAUGGAAUUUUAUCUAAUACACUGCAGUUGAGCUCAGAAAAUUCCCCUGGGCAGUACAUGUUUGCUGUCAUAGCAACUAACACGGAAGGAGCCUCAACAAGCGUUUCAGUGUCUAUUUACUUGCAAGAUACAAAUGAAUUUUGUCCUGUUUUCAAUUCCAGCACUGUUGAUGUAACCGUUACCGAGGACACAGCUGUAAAUACAAUCAUCUUGUAUCAUCCUGCGUACGAUCUGGACGGUAGCGAGUUGUAUGGACAGGUUUACUAUAGGCUGGUUGCUAGCGGUUACAACCCGUUCCUCUUACACCCGAAUGGUUCUCUUUAUCUCUCUGAGCUGUUAAACUAUGAAGACGGCAUGUCGGAAGUCACCCUUACCAUGCUUGCUAGUGAUGGCACAAUGGAGCUGGACUCAAAUCUAGGUCUAGCUUGUCCCUAUACUGAAGCUGCUAUCACUAUCCAAAUACAAGACGUGAACGAUGAGCCUCCAUUCUUCCUUGUUCGUGGCUACCAUUUUGACGUGUCUGAGAAUGAGACAGCUAUGUUCCCGGUGGGUGGCCUAUCCUUCGAAGACCCUGAUGUCCUAGGUAACGAAUUCUCAUUUGAAGUUCACCCCAUCAAUAGCCCAUUUGAAGUUACAUCGGAGGGGAUCCUCAUCUUAACGCAGCUGCUUGACUAUGAGUCUCUAACGACGACGCAGUUCAACCUCACCGUGUCGCUUUCAGAUGGUAUCUAUUCUGCUUUAGAGGAUGCCGCCAUUGUUGUCAAUAUUAUUAAUGUUAACGAGUUUGCCCCAACAGUAGCACAAGAGAUAACUGAUGUUCUUGAGGAGAAUUACAUCCCUGAAAAUGGUAUUUUAAGAGUGAGAGCAACUGAUCAAGAUUUGGGAUUGUUUGGAGAAAUUGUUCGAUUUGAGCUCACUGGGGCUCAGAGCCACUUAUUUGAGGUCAAUGAAGAAGGUGUUAUUACCAACCUGCAAGAGUUUGACUAUGAGCUUGAUCAGCGUGAGUUUACUUUCAUGGCUCUAGCGUAUGACGGUGGUGGGAAAAGUUCUUCAGUGUUAGUCCGCAUCUCUCUAGUGGACGUGAACGACAAUUCCCCGGUUUUUCAGGAAGAUAUUUACACCGUUAAUAUAUCCGAGUCUGCAACUACUGAAGUGCAUAAUAUAGCUCGAAUUCGUGCCACUGAUAUCGAUGGCACCUCGCAAUACAACACCAUCACGUACUUCAUCCCCCCUGGUCAACCAUGCUCUGACUUUUUCCAAGUCCAUCCUACACUAGGCAUCGUUCGGAUAGUCCGUGAGAUAGACUAUGAGAGUAAUCCCACCAACUGCUCACUUACAGUAACUGGCUCGGAUCCUGAACAGUAUGAAGCGUCAACAACAGUGCACGUCUCUGUAUUGGAUACGAACGAGCAUCCUCCGGUAAUAGAAUCUCAGAAUGGAGAAAUCUUUGUGUCAACUCACGAGGCUUUGGAUAUCGGUUCCAAAGUGUUCCAACUCAUUGCGACGGACGGUGAUGCUGGUCCUGUGUUUGGGGCUGUAGUGAGUUAUACUCUUCAGUCGUUGUCUUCAACUCUACCUUUCACUGUGAAUGAAGCAGGAGAGAUAAUAUUGUCAGGUUCCAUCACAAAGAAUGAUCGAUACGAUUUCCGAGUGUUUGCUGUCGAUGGAGGAGGUAUGGAAUCUGAAAUAGUAGCUGUUCAUAUUAACGUAACACAGGCAAACUUUUUCUCACCAAUAAUAUCAACUUAUCCAAAUGAACUCACUGUGGAUAUUGAAGAAAAUAUAAUCCUCUCUAGACCACUGUGGAUUCUGGAAGCAAACGAUAGAGAUGAAAAUGAUAUUACUUUCCGUGUUCUGAAUGGAAUUGAGAGUAUUAUUAGAAUUAAUCAGGACAGCACAUCACCUAAUUCAACCAGAGCUGUUGUCUGGCUGAAUAGUAGACUUGAUUUUGAGCUUGGCUCUUCCUACUUGUUCCAGAUUGUAGCAAAUGAUGGAUUCCAUUCUUCUAAUCCAGCUCUCCUCCAAAUUAGAGUUGUGCCCGUGAACGAACAUCGCCCGAUUUUCUCGUCAGGUUUCCUUGAAAUAGAGAUCCCUGAGAACACUCCCCCAGAGACGUAUGCCAUACCGAUCUCUGCACAUGACCUGGACAAAGAUGUACUUACUGAUAGUGAAGGUAUUAACGCAACUUCUCACGGUAUGCUCACUGAAUUCUAUAUAGCCGGUGGGACAGCAAGCUCUUACUUCAAGUUCUUCAAUCACACUACGGACGGCCGUGCCGUACUUACCAAUACAGCUGUGUUAGACUAUGAAUUUAUCGAUAUUAACCUCGAUCUCACAUUGCAAGUUCGUGAUGGUGGUGGAUUAACAGCUUUCGAACCUCUGAUAAUAUAUUUUACUCUCUUCGACCAAAACGAUUUCUCCCCAGAAUUUUACCAGGGUAGGAACCAAGUUGAUGAGUAUUCGGCUGAAGUACUUGAGAACAGUGAUGGUCAUGUGGUACGUGUGUAUGCUAUUGAUAGGGACAGCAGUUACCAGUACAGUGAGGUGUCGUACAGAUUGAUACUCACACAAGAUCAACCAUUUGAUGUUGACAGUCAGGGGCUUAUAUUUAUGACCCGACCUCUCAACUACGAGUCUGAUCCUAGUGUGAUGAUAUUCACUGUAGUAGCUGAAGAUAUCGGAGGCUUAAAUGACACUGCUACGGUCACAGUCAGUAUUCGUGAUGUGAACGAAUUUGCACCAGCUUUCAAUAGCAGUCAAAUCACAAUCUCCAUCCCUGAAAAUACCAUUCCUAAUUCCAUAGUGCAUACAUUCAGUGCCGUGGAUAGAGACGGCAGUGACAUUUAUAGAACUGUUGGUGGGUAUAGGGGCAGUGGUGUACCAGGCAUCUUCUUCUUGGACGAGGUAUCAGGAGAGCUGUACCUGAACAGUGUGAAUCUAGAUUUUGAAACUGGUCAGGGAGAGUAUAAUUUUGAGGUGACAGUCUCUGAUCUUGAAGGUUUGUCUUCGAUCGCCAGUGUGACCGUGCAGGUCACUGAUGUGAAUGAGUAUCCACCUGAGUUUGACCAGAAUUCGUACUCUCUUACGAUAGCUGAAAAUUCCUUGCCAGAUCCUCUACCAGGUUAUCCGGAUAAUUUUCUCCUUCAAUUAGUCGUGACUGAUAGAGAUGGAAGCAGUGGCUUGCCAUCACUUGAUAUUUCACGGAGCGAUAUUUUUACAAUUAAUACCAAUGGCUAUCUCAUCCUCAAUUCAGAAUUAGAUUAUGAAAUUGAUGAUGUUUACGAGCUACAAGUAGUCGCUAAUGACGGUACCUACAACACAACAGCAGGCAUCACGAUCACUGUUAUAAACGUGAACGACAACCGUCCCUUGUUUAUUCAAACUAACUACACUAUUUGUAUUGUUGAGAAUGUUCAUCGAACUGACCGACAGGCACAGCUGUUAUUCGAAGACUUUGAUGCUGAAUUAAACACACUUACCUUUGCAAUGGACCCCCAAGUCCCUCAGUUUAAUGUGACGGCCGAUGGUGGUGUAUAUCUAACCACACCCCUGGACUACGAGAGCACUCCGUUAAUAAAGUUUAACAUUUAUCUGUACGAUGGUACAUUUAGGUCUAUUUCUAACGCUUCAAUUAGCGUGUACGUACUGGGAGUGAAUGACUUUCACCCUCAAUUUGAGACUAGAGAAUUCCGGACCUCCAUUAGAGAAGGAACACCCUCUCUGAGUACAAUCAACUUUGAUGAUCCCUUCUUUGCAAUAGAUAUGGAUGCACCUAACCUAUACACUGAAAUCUGUGUGCCCAACUAUAUCCCUGUUGAUACGCUAGGAGCCGAAAACACGGUGAAAUCAGCUCUUUCAUACACAAUUUUAGAGCAGAAUGUCCCAUUUGAAAUUUCCGUCAAUGAGGGUACUGGAUUACCUUAUAUUGAAUUAACAAGAGAGCUCGAUUUUGAAACUGAAAGGCACGAGUAUGCACUGACUGUUGUUGUCACUGACGGUGAAUUUGAGAGUAUACUGCCGGCUAGAAUAAUUAUAAAUUUGCUGAAUGAUGACGAUAAUUCCCCUGAAUUUGAAAAGAUCUCGUAUCAGUUCUCUCUCUUUGAAAACUCACUCGAAUUCUUAGCAACAAUUACAGCCACAGAUGCAGAUCAGAUGGGAGAUAUAACCUACUCCAUAACCGAACUGUCUGAGGUCAAUUUUCAGUUCAACAUUGAUACUGCCAACGGUACAAUUUUCAGUGAGGGGCCAUUCGAUUUCGAGGCAUACCCUAAUGGAAUAAAUUUCACGCUUACAGCUACCGACAGCGGCGGACAUGUAGCAGAGGCUAUUGUUACGCUAUUGCUGGUUGAUGUGAAUGAUGUUGAACCUGUCUUUCUACAGCCUCUAUACAAUUUCUUUGUCCCUGAGGAUUCUCAAAUUGGAGAAACAGGCCAUUUUGUUAGCGCCAUAGACGGUGAUGUAUCAGAACGGUACCACACUAUUACGUCAUACACUGUCAUCAAUGCUAAUACUUCAGUGCAUCUACCGUUUGAAAUCGGCCAAAAUGGACAGCUGCUGUUGACGAGGGAACUAGACUAUGAGACUGGAGUUAGAAUGUAUCACUUCAAUGUAGCCGCUAUAGACGGUGGUGGGCUAUCCUCUGUACCAGUGCAAGUUGUUGUCAUAGUUACAGAUGUACUUGAUACAGCUCCGUGUCCUACAAAGAAUACUUAUGCGGCUUCUGUUGUAGAAAAUGUUGUACCCACUCUGCCGCUAAUAAUUGUACAACUUGAUACCACAUCUCAGUUUGAACAGUCUCAACUAAUUUACGAAUUAACUCCUCAAAGAGACGAGUUUGUUUUCAGAGAAAGCGGAGCACUCUAUCUAACUUCACCACUAGACUAUGAGAGAGAAUCUGAACUAGUUUUCAACUUAACCGUUACAUACGGCACGUUUAGUUGUCCUAUCUCAACAGCUGUCAAUGUGAGAGUUAUCGAUGUGUUUGACGUAAGGCCAGAGUUCACAAAGUCCUCCAUUGAUGUCACUGUACGGGAAAACGUUGCUGCAGUGGACAUAACUUUUCUCAGCCUAGUUGACUCGGGGGAUGAGCAGCCUCCUAUUUUGCAAUAUAUCCUCUCUCCUUCCGCUGUACCAUUUCUUGUAACGGGUGGAUAUUUGCGCUCAACUCAUCCACUUGAUGCCGAACAAAAGACAAAUUACACCUUUGACGUCUUUGCCGUCUCCAUUGGCAACCUCACAUCAGAUCCCAUCCGUGUAACUGUACUGAUUGAAGAUGAGAACGAAUUUGUUCCCGAAUUUACACAAGAAGUGUACGAGCUCAUUUCCCCUGAGGAUAUACCUGUUAACCAAGAAGUGCUCAGAGUUGAAGCUACUGAUCUUGACGCUGGCAUUGAGUACGGUACCGUGACAUACUCUAUUGCUUUCAUACCGGGUAGUGUACCCAUUCCAUUCGCUGUUUCUGGCACCACCGGUUCUGUGUAUCUCAACACGUCUCUUGACUAUGAAACGCUAUCUGAGCUAGACUUUUACAUUUUUGGUAUUGAUGGUGGUGGUUACGAAUCUUCUACGCGGGUGCAUGUUAUAAUUACAGAUGUGAACGAACACCCCCCUCAGUUUGAACAACCAUCUUACACCAUUCAAAUAGAAGAAGGAGGAGAUGAAGAUUACGAAUUGUUCACAUUUGACCAACUCGCUAGUGAUUUGGAUGGUAGUCGUGUCUUUGGAACUGUCGUUGGUUAUGAACUGAUGCCCCACAGCGAUCAAAAACUUCCCGUAACUGUCUCAGAAUUUGGUGAUAUAAUCACUAACGAAUUUGCUGCUGAUAUCGACUAUGAUACUGGAGAUAGAGAGUUUCAUUUUCAGUUGGUAGCUCGAGAUGGAGGUGGACUUAUAUCUGAGCCAGUUAACGUUACCUUGGAGGUUAUCAAUGUGAACGAUUUGGCACCUAUUAUUCAGCAACAGAUUGUAAUCAGAAUACCUCAUACCACUCCUCUUUUUACAGAGAUAGCCGAUUUGUCAGAGUACGUGGUGGAUCCUGAUAAUGGCAUAACCCCGAUUCAAUAUUUCAUCAUAAGUGAAGAAACUGCUGAAUUUGAAGUGGAGGAAAUAAAUGGCACACUUAGUAUCGUGGAAGAACUACAAAUCACUGGUAACUCUCCACACCAAAUAUUUGUGGUUUUGUUUGAUGAUGAUUUCUAUUCCCGUGUUUCCACUAUUGAAGUUUACGUUUUCAAUACCAGCAACCUCAGCCCGUACUUCAAUAAAACCAGAUACAAUAUCACAAUCCCUGAGAAUUCUGUGCCCUCAGAUUUUCAAUUGACUCUACUAGCAUUUGAUGAAGAUGCUAUUGGGUAUAGCGAUCCAUAUGAUAUUCCAGAAUCAGGGAGAAUUGCAUCUUACCAAUUUAUUCUAGGUCCUAUGUUUGAAAAUCCAUUCACUCUAUCUUUUGUCAAUCCUGACACUGGCUCUACUACUCUGUCUCUGAGUCGGCCAUUGGAUUUUGAGUCGGAAUGUGAGUUCACACUAAGAAUCAGUGCUGCAGACGGAAGUGGUAGAGAUUCAUCCAACCAUGUCGAAGUAACUAUCACAGUCUUAAACGAGAAUGAAAAUAUUGCUACAUUCCCCUCUGAUGACUAUUUCAUUGAUUUAGAAGAAAACUCUCUCCUCCGAAGAGAUCUUAAAGUGAUGGAUCUUGAUCGAGAGGGUGUUUGUGGUGAGCUAAACACAAACCCUCUCAAGUACUCCCUGAUAUUUCCAUCGAAUACAAACCCUCCAUUUGAAGUAUCUGACUCCGGUAUUGUACAGAGUACAAGAGUGUUUAAUUUCGAGCAAGACCCCACCCAGUAUACAUUCGAGGUGGUGGUUAUCGAUGGUGACUUCUCUGAUUCUGCUACUAUAUCCGUGUCCGUUAUCGAUCAAAAUGAACACAGUCCCACCCUUGAACAAGCCGAGUACACAAGAACAGUCAGUCGUGAUGCAACACCUGGAACGAUUGUACUCACACUAAACGCUACCGAUGAAGAUGCUGGUGAUGUCUACGGCAAUGUGGUGGACUUUAAACUUAUUUCACUAUCAACUCCAUUUUCAGUACGCUCAACUGGAAAACUAGAAGUUGUGUCCCCACUGGAGGCUGGUGUUAACAGCUAUAGAUUACUAGUAGUUGCAAUAGAUGGUGGAGAAAGACAGUCGGAAACACCCUCAGUUGUUAACAUUGAGGUCAUUGAAAAGAUGCCAACACCACUCCCUACGUUUCUUCAAAUCAAUUACACCCUCACUGUGACCGAGGUGGCAGCUGCCUCUUCGUUUGUACCCAUCCCUAUCGGACAUAUUCGAGUUUCUGAAAGCUCUCAAUCAUACUCCUUUGAGGUAUCGCCUAGCAACUCACCUUUCCGAGUCAACUCAACUGGCACAGUUUUAAUGACACAAGCACCUGAUUAUGAGCAGAUCCCAAUGUUUGAAUUCUCUGUAAGGAUUUCUGAUGGAGCCCAAUUUUCUACAGAGCAAGCUCGUGUGCUAGUGAUGGUAGUGAACAUCAACGACCAUUCGCCAUUCUUUGCAGGCCCUCGGCAAUUCUCUUUACCAGAAAACUCUAUUCGUCAAUUCCAAGUAUCUGCCCUAGACUUAGAUCAUGGUGUGUACGGUCAACUCAGUUACAGAUUAAUUGAUGGAAUUACUAACUUUAGAAUCGAUCAAAAUGGCUCUCUACUGAAUCUCCGACAUUUUGACUAUGAAAAUGACGAAGAAAUAUUUGUAAUAACGAUAGAAGCUGAAGAUGAUGGAGGCCUCAAGGGAAAUGCAACAUUUGUAGUUGAAGUGACGGACGAGAAUGAAUUCCUUCCUGUUUUUGAGAGCAAUGAGUACAAUGCAACUGUUGUUGAGAACUAUGUUGGUCAGGUUCGCAUGAUAACUGCAGUGGAUAGCGAUGGUGGAAGUGUGUUCGGAUCGGUAACAUACACGCUGGAGAUAAACUCGGCCUUAUUCGAUAUUGACCCAACCUCUGGUGAAGUUGAAGUCACAGGCAUUUUAGAUUUUGAGGCCUUGCUGAGUGACUCGAUAGAUAUUGUUGUGAUGGCAACUGAUGGUGGCGGGUUAGAGAGUAAGGCCACUGUGCGAGUGUACGUAUCAGACGAGAACGAAUUUGCCCCCGUGUUUGCCGAGUCUGCAUAUAACCAGUGUAUUAAUGGUACUCCUUCUAUUGGUGAUAUUGUGCUAACGAUAUCGGCUAUUGACUCUGACAGAGGAGACAAUUUUGGCUCCGUAACAAACUAUAGAAUUCUCAAUUCCUCGCCACCUUUCAGAAUUGAUGCUCAAGGGCAAAUCACGGUAUCAGAACAGCUGGAGGGACAACGAGGGGAUGUGUAUGAGUUUGAUGUAAUUGCUGUCGAUGGCGGAAGAAGGAGCUCGCAGCCCGUGACCGUAUCUCUCGUCUUGUGUACUCAGGUUAUCAACAGUCCGCCAUAUUUCACACAGCUCAUUUACAAUGUUGUCGUGACCGAAGAGACGCUACCUUCAGAGCCGAUUGUGCAGCUGCUUGCAACCGAUGAUGCGUUUAAUCUUACCGUUCCAGAAAUCACAUUUGAGCUCCUUAACCACCUGUCUUUGUUCAGGAUAAAUCGUGAGGGAAGUAUGUGGCUGACUACACCACUUGACUUCGAGCAGGUGACAGAGUAUGUUGUUAAAGUGAGAGCAUCUGAUGGUAGCCACUUUAGCGAAGACAACGCCACUGUGCUUGUAUCAGUGUACCCCGUGAAUGAGCAUAGGCCCAGAUUUGAUCAGGAUGUCUACCGAACUGUACUAGCUGAAAAUUCACCCCCUGGUUCUCUCCAGAUUGAGUUUGUGCUCAGUGACGAAGAUAAUAAUCCACCCAAUGAAAUAAUCUCGCAACUAGGUGGUCACGGUGAUGUUCAGUCCGUCAUUUUCCACUCUGGCAAUUACCAAAAUUUCAAUUUAUCGUACGACCAAGAAUCACAAGUGGCCCGUAUCACAAAUUUAAUGUCAUUCGAUUUUGAGACUAGUCCUGAGCAAAUAUCAUUCAAAGUGAUAGCACAAGAUGGUGGACUGUUAAACUCACUGCCAGUGCAAGUGCAGUUAUCUCUCAUUGAUAUAAAUGAUGUAAGACCCGUCUUUCAACGUCUUGUUUAUCAGUUUUCCAUCUUAGAGAACUCUAGAGGAAUAAUUGGCGAAGUAUCUGCCGUUGAUACCGAUAUUAGCUCCGAAUUCAACCAGAUAUCAUAUGCCAUCACACAUGGUGAUGUUCCAGUGCCAUUCACUAUUCAUCUUAACGGCUCACUCGAGCUGCUACGGGAACUAAACUACGAGGUUGAUGAAUCUUUCUUCGAAUUCUCUGUCUUAGCGACUGACAAGGGUGGACUUGACAGCUCAGCAAGUGUUGAAAUAACUAUACUAGAUGUGAACGAAUUUCAGCCAAUUAUCGAAAAUCCACCAACCUCAUUUGAGAUUAUGGAGAACAUUCCUAUAGGUACUGUCAUAGCAACAAUCACAGCCUCCGAUGAAGAUGCUGGUGAUUUUGGACAGCUAGAGCCUCCACAAAUCAUCGGCCCAUCUCAUUUUCUUGGUAUACUAUCAAAUGGCUCACUAUUCAUCGAGUCUGCUGUCGACUUUGAGGCUCUUAUCGAGGCAUUUUUCAACAUCACAAUAGAAGUUUGCGACAUUGGCCAACUUUGUGUGAAUCACAGAAUAGCAGUGUCGGUACUAGAUGCUCACGACCUACCCCCGAUGUUUAGUACUCACGAAUACACGGUUGUAAUCAGCGAAGAGCAGUUCCCUGAUCCAAUUCCUGACUUCCCUCAAAAUGCCCUUCUAAAACUCCAACUCGACAUGCAAAACUCAUUCUCACUAACAUUCACGUUCCAAACCAGCUCAAGCUCUCUGUCUGUAGAUCAAAAUGGUUACGUCAUCUUGUUGUCCCCCCUCGACUUCGAAACCGAUCCACCUGUCAACGUACUGAUCGUUGAAGCGUUUGAUGGUACACUCAGAACAGCUCAGCCGGCUAUCGUUACUGUGACUACUAUCAAUGUGAACGACAAUCCCCCAACUUUCAUAUCACCUCCAACUCAACCAUUCUGGGUGAGCGAGAACAGUAUACCCGAAGUUCCCCUCUAUACCUUUCUUGCUGAAGAUAUUGACGACCCUCUAGCAGUGAUCAGCUUUCAUAUUUUGAAUACCACAGAGCCGCAAAGAGAAAUUUCAGGAGGCUCUUUCGUUAUUAUGGAGGAUGGCAGCCUCCAUCUCGAAGAAGCAUUGGAUUAUGAGAUGGUGCAGAUGAUUGAGUUAACGGUUGUUGCUAACGAUAGCAUGCUGUUAUCAGAUCCCAUCAUGGUUAUGAUCAAUAUAAUCGGGCAGAACGACAAUGCUCCUGUAUUUAAGACAAACUACAUAACUGCAAAUUUGUCUGAAAAUAAAGUCCCUGGUACCUUGAGUGUAAAAAUACUUGCACAAGAUGCUGACCUUCCCAAUAUUGCUUUCGGUCAGGUGAUAGCAGACAAUGUCCGCUACGAAAUUAUCUCUUCUUCUGCUCCAUUUGCUGUGAACUUUAACGAACAAACUGGAGAAGGGACAGUGACCAAUGAAAUCAUGUUUAAUUAUGAGACUAUGGAAACAAAUUACGAGCUUCAAAUAAGAGCUAUAGAUAGCGAAGGCCUGGAAUCAGUAACGCCUGUCACUGUGGUCAUCAACAUUAUUGACGUGAACGAGUUUCCACCUGAAUUUGAUCGCGAGUUGUACAACAGCACGUUGGUCGAAGGUUCUUCUGUUUUUGAAUUGACUGUGAGAGCCACUGACAACGAUGGUAGCCUCGAACACAGCUCUAUAAGAUACUCAAUAUUUCAAGAAGAGUUCCGAGCAAACUUUUCCAUCUCUGAAAUUGGUCAACUAGAGCUACUCACAGAGUAUGACUAUGAGCUAGGCCCCGAGUAUAUUGAUUUUGCAGUACUGGCUGAAAACAUUGAUGGCCAAUUAGCUUCUGUAGCAAGCGUACACAUUCAAGUUUUGGACAGAAAUGACCACAGCCCAAAUUUUGAGAGAACUUCCUAUAACCUCUCAAUAUCAGAAGACCAAGAGAUUAAUGUUUCUGUUCUCCAAGUCAUUGCAGUUGAUGGAGACAAGAGUGAGGAAUAUGGAAGCAUACAAAUGUACUCAUUUUUAACUGACAAUGAAGAACUGCCGUUCAGUAUAGACUCCCAAACUGGUGAUAUCAUUUUGACUACUGCUGUGGAUUACGAGCUGGGAGCGAUCGAGUAUACAGUAACUAUCCGAGCUGAAGACAGUGAAGGAUUAUUUGGAGUAGCUAGUUUGUUCAUCAGUAUCAUGGAUAUAAACGAUAAUCCAGCUUGCCCUGUUGACUCACACCUCACAGCUUCAGUAAUAGAAAACACUCUACCAGAUGGUCCCUUGUUGACUAUAAAUGUCAGCGACCCGGAUCAAUUGCAAACUACAAUUCAAUUCACUGUGAUUAGUGAUUAUUCUUCUCAAUUUACGAUUAAUUUCGAUGGAGACUUGUAUCUUGUGCAAGCUCAAGACCACGAGAGUUUGUCAUCCCUACAACUAAAUAUACAAGUUACAGAUGACACGCUUGUGUGUCCAUUUCUACUGAAUAUAUCAAUUAGUAUUGAUGAUGUGAAUGACAACAGUCCGCAGAUAUUCCCACCAUCCGCAGAACUAUCGAUCGCAGAAAACAAUGUCGACCUUAUCCUCACAACAUUCACAGCAUUUGACCUGGACAGUUCACCGGAAUUCUCCACCAUUUCUGGGUAUCUUGUUGAAUCACAAGAAUCCGGAGCAGCCGUUCCCUUCACAAUUUCUAACGCAGGUGUAUUGAGUGCUGAAAGGUCUUUGGAUGCAGAAGCUGACCCUGCCGUAUUCAGACUGUUUGUAUAUGCUAUUGAUGGCCAAGGACUGAAAUCAGUACCAUCAAAUAUUACAGUGUAUGUUGAGAAUAUUAACGAUCACCAGCCGCUAUUUCAACAAACUGAGCACUAUGUGCCUUUGCAUGUGGACACGCCUAGAGGCACUAAGAUUCUACAAGUGACAGCUGAUGAUGAUGACAUUGGUCUCUAUGGUGAAGUAACAUACAUCUUGCUUGACAGUACACCCUUCUCAAUUGAUGCAGUGAGUGGCAGUAUUUACACGGCGACUAACUUUGACAGUGAAACUGAAAGGAAUAUGUUUGUGUUUACAAUUGUUGCCACUGACGGUGGAGGAUUUAUGGCUAUCACUACAGUUACUGUGGAGUUAACAAUCGAUGAAGUGUUUGUUCCGGAAAUAGAACAGCUCAAUUAUACCACUUGCAUUGAUGAGAAUACACAAUUGAGGACUCCUGUACUAACCAUACAAGUUGCAGGCACUCAGAAUUAUACCGUCGGCUUUCGAAUACGAUCUGAUGAGGCAAUUCCAUUUGAAAUUAACUCACAAGGAGUAGUCCUCACAAGCAGCUUCCUCACUGACUUUGAAUCUGGGAAAAUCCUGUAUACUUUCUCUGUGCUGGCACUAAAUGGUGAUGUUUCAUCAGAGCCAGUAAUGGUGACUGUGUGUGUUAAUAACGUGAAUGACAACCCUCCAUUCUUUCAGGAAAUAGUAAUGGCCAUCUCACUUGAAGAAGGAUACACUGGAUUUGUAACUGAUAUUGAAGCUCUCGAUCCAGAUGGGCCAGUUACUAUAGUGACGUACAGCUUAAUCGGUAGCACUCGUAACUUUAGGCUUUUCUCAAAUGGCAGUCUCUACCUUGAGAGCCCACUUGACUACGAGCUAGCCAACGAAGCUACAAUCAGUGUAAUUGCAAACGAUACACAAUUCCAAUCUAAAGCAUUACAAUUAACAGUGACUGUUAUAAACAUAAACGACAAUUCUCCCGAAUUUGUGAAUACAGCUUACACCAUGGAGCUACUUGAAAACGAGCCAGCAUCAACGAUCAUUGAAGUGCUGAGAGCCACUGAUGCAGAUGCCUCAAAAAACUUCUUACCUCAACCAGCAUUUGCUCAAAUCGUGAGAUAUGAAAUACUAGAAAGUGACGUUCCAUUCGAAGUUCGUCUAGACCCAGGGACACGCAACGGACUGCUAGUUAACACCAGAGUGAUUGAUUUUGAAACUGAUGAGUGCUCAUACAAUUUUUCAGUAGCUGCUGUGGACGGGGGUGGUUUGUAUUCAGAAGUUAAUGCCAGUAUCAGCGUCUUGAUUCAGAAUCAGAAUGACAACGAGUUGAAAUUUGAUAACGAGACUUACUACUUCAUGCUAUCUGAAAACACAGCUGGUCCUCUUGGAAGUAUUAAAGUGACAGACAAAGAUUAUUUAGCGAUGAAGAGAUGUCCCAUUUCUCAAUCAAACUCGUUAUCGGACAUUGUAUAUACUGCCUUUGGCCAAGAGGGGACAGUGACUGUAGAUAAUGAGGGACAGCUGCUAGUAACGCAGCCACUGGACUAUGAGACAUCAAACAGACAAUUAGAAGUUGUGGUAUCUGCAAUUGAUGGAUUUUACAGUGCCAUAGCAACAGUGUUUAUUGCCCUAGUCGAUGUGAAUGAGUUUUGCCCAGAUAUAAGAGAAACAGUUGCUACUGUGCGUAUUCCUGAGUCUACAGUAGCAGGAAAUGAGAUAUACCGGAUAGUUUCCAUGGACGCUGAUGGAGAUGGUGAUAACAGCAACACUCUUUUUGAAAUCGUGUCCAACAAUACACAGCUACCAUUUUCAGUGACUGAAGAUGGAGGGAUAGUUUUGCUAAAUAAAAUUGACUUUGAUAGAAAUCAAUCCUUUUAUUCAUUCCUUGUUCGUAUCUAUGACAACAGCGGAGACUGCAAUGGUAUAUUCAUCACACUUCGAGUUGAAGUCACCAACGUAAAUGAUGAGCGGCCAUAUUUUGUGGAGACUUCUUAUUCAUUUGUUGCAUCCGAGUCCCUUCAACCAAAUUCUCUCGUUGGCCUCAUAUCUGCAAGAGAUUUAGACAUGUUUCGAUCUGAGUUCAGUUUUACUCUCCAGCCAAGUAGUGUACCCUUCUCGAUCAAUUCCUCUGGAUAUCUCGUCCUAGAAGAAGCGUUGGACUAUGAAGAGACCAGUAGGUACAGCUUCGUUGUGCAAGUGAGUGAUGGUGAGCUGAGAGCAAUGGAGCCUGCCGAAGUCAUUGUUACCGUUGGAAAUGAAAAUGACCAUCCCCCUGAAUUUAUUGGCCCCUUUGUUUUCAACCUACCUGAGAAUGAACUGACGUCUUUCUUCGUAAAUGUCAUCGACAGAGAUGACGGAGAAAUGGGUGAAAUCACACACUACUCAAUAAACUCAUCGAGAAACGAUAUCUUUACAAUUAACGAUCAAGGUGCUAUUUCGAACAUGAUUGCACUAGACUAUGAGUUGAUGAGUGACAGUGCUUUACCUCAUGUUUUUACGCUAAAUGUGUGUGCCUAUGAUAGUGGUGACAAGAGAUCAUGUGAUGACUUCACAGUGAUACUUCAGGAUGUGAACGACAACACACCACAGUUUACAAGACCCGUCUAUACAGUUGAAAUCCUUGAGGGUGAAAGUCUAGACAACAUUAUACAAGUACAAGCCACAGACCUUGAUAAGAGUGCAAUAUUCAGUCAAGUACAGUACAGUUUUGAAGAUUCUAGUCUCACUCUAGCUGCUCAAUACUCACUCACUUUGAGUGACAAUGGCGUGCUGUCCUCAACUCAUGUGUUUGAUUACGAAUCAGAUUCCAUUCAGAUUGUAUUAACCGUUGUUGCUAGGGAUAUCGGAGGCCUGGAAACCACAGCUACAGUUAUGUUGAACAUUGACGAUCAAAAUGAAUUCCCUCCCCAGUUUUCACAGUUGCAAUACAAUAUUUCUGUUUCGGAAAAUUUGCCGACUGGAGAGUCUUUCUACACAUUCCUCACUACUGAUGGUGACGGUGGACCGGUUUUUGGAGGAGUGCAACGGUUCAUUAUUGACUCAGAAAAACAGUUACCAUUUUCUAUCGGUGCAAAUGGUAGUAUGCAUCUGUCACAGAGGAUCGACUAUGAGUCAGGGGACGUGAUAUUUCUAUUCAGUCUGACAGCUGUUGACAAUGGUGGUCUCCGUUCGAAUCGUGUUUCCGUGAUAUUGCAUGUGCUCGAUGAAGAAGACUCGCCGCCAUUAUUUGAGCCUCUCCAGUACAACAUCUCAGUGAGAGAGAACUUCCUUCCUCUACAAAAUCAGCCACUAACACGACUGGUUGUCAUCUCCGAAGCAGUUUCUAUCUCUUUUGACAUCACAUCAAAUGAAUAUCCUGAAUACUUUGAAAUUGCUAGCAGUGGUAAUUUGUAUCUCAGAGAAGCAGUGGAUUUCGAGUCUGUUCAAGAGAUUGUUCUAACAGUGAGAGCGUUUGAUGGUGUAUUAUAUUCUGAAGAGUCUGCGACUGUUGUGAUUAAAGUGGAGCCUGAAAAUGAUAAUAAACCAGUGUUUGCAGAACAGUUUUUAGAAUUUUCACUCAUUGAAAAUCAACCUCAAAAUACACUACAAGUUUCACUCUCAGCAACCGAUGAUGACCAAGACUUACAAGCCCCCAAAACUCAGCAUGGGGAAAUUACUGAAUAUCGACUUCUAAACAACAGUGUUCCCUUCUUUCUCACUUAUAACAGAAAUAGUCGUACUGCCACUCUGUUUAACAGUCGUCCUUUAGAUGCCGAGACCGACCAAUCGGAAUACACUCUCCUUAUUCAAGCAUACGAUGCCCUGGGCCUGUCUGCGGAGUCACCUGCUAUUGUGAUUAUAACUGUAGGUGACGAAGAUGAUAAUCAACCAACCUUUGACCAAGCCUUUUAUUCAGCCAGUAUUGUUGAAAACGUUGCCGGUUUCGUGUUCACUGUACAUGCUACUGAUCGUGACAGAGACUUUGAUCCAGAGACUAUCCGUUAUCACUUGUCUGGAGAAAGCAGUAGCAAUUUCAUUCUUCUACCUGAUGGCAGAAUUCAGAAUGUAGAAGCUUUCGAUUACGAAGUUGAUCCGAUAGAGUAUACGUUUACUGUGAGUAUUGAAGGGUGCUCUGACAACCCAACAUGUUCAGCAAGUGUUCAAGUGCGAAUUGAAGAUGAAAAUGAUAAUUAUCCAGCGUUUGUAUCAACUAAAUAUACACUCACUCUUGCUUCAGAUUCCUUCCCAAUUCAGGGUGGGAUUAUCGGUCGUAUAUCUGCUCUCGAUAAGGACAAAGGUGCUGUGUUUGGGACGAUAUCUGAGUACACAAUCAGAGGAGAUUCAGGUCCAUUCACAGUACAUGCCGCAAGUGGGGAUAUAAUUGUGGAUGAUCCGGUUAAGUUGAGACAACGUGCACGGACUGUGCAGUUUGAAAUAGUAGCUACUGAUGGAGGAGGUCUUUCGAAUUCUACACAAGUGGAAAUCAACGUUCCAAUUUUCAACUUACAUCCUCCCGUCUUUGAGCAGAGGUUUUAUCAUGUGACUUGGGAGGAAAAUUCCUUUCACUUUCGAUUACCGGGCCUACCAACAAACGCUCUGUUGCAAGUUAGAGCACAAGAUCUUGAUCGUCCAUUCACAACCAUUACACACUAUCUCGUUGCCCCCUCAGAUAAUUUCCAAAUGAUGGAAGAUGGAUUUUUACUUUUACGGAAACCACUUGAUUGGGAAGAAAAUAGCGAGCAUUAUCUACAAGUCAGAGCUUACGAUGGAUUAUAUAACUCAACGUUCAAUGCUGAUAUUCGAGUUUCUGUAGUCAACCAAAAUGACAAUCCACCUGAAUUUCUGGAGACUCUCUAUCAGGUCAAUGUAUCCGAACAUUAUCGCACGCUCAAUCUACCAAUUGUAAAACUUCUAGCGACUGAUUUGGACUCCUCUCAACUGCAGCUAAGUUACAGUAUCCUUGAUCCAACGGCUCCAUUCAGAAUUGAUUUUCAAGGCAAUGUUUACGUGCUUGCACAGCUUGACUAUGAAAUCACAAAGAAGUAUAAAUUCAGUGUGACUGUUUCCGAUGGAUCUCACCAGACCAGCUCCCCUGCGGAAGUUGUUGUACGAUUACUAGAUGAAAAUGAUCAUCAUCCAUUCUUUGACCAACCUGUUUACCAAGUGAGCCUGCCAGAAAAUUCCUCUCCUGGUGUGUUUUCUGUUUCAAUUUCAGCGUCUGAUCGCGACUCUUCCCCCCAAUUCGGAGAGAUUGCAAGCUACUCUAUUUUAGAGUCUCACGUUCCCUUCGAAAUCAGCUACAACCCGCUUGGAGAAGCUUCGAUUACCAACACAAAAGAACUCGACUAUGAAAAUGACCAUCAUGUGUAUGUAUUCCAUAUUCACGCAUACGAUAAAGGAGGUUUUCGAUCGUUUUUCCCUGCUCAAAUCAUUGUGACACUGUUAGAUACAGAUGAUUGCCCGCCAACUUUCUCGCAAGGUGUUUACAAAGCUGUUCUGCACGAGAAUGCAGCAAUACCUACAUUUGUUGUUAAGGUAACGGCAAGUGAUUGUGAUGUGGAUCCACAAUUCAACAGAGUCGAAUUCUCACUUGAAAACUCCCAAGGUCUCUUCUCAAUUCAUCCGAUCUCCGGAAUUAUAAUGUCUUUGAGAUCAUUCGAUCUAGAAAGGGGGCAGUCAUACUAUGAACUGCAGGUAACUGCUACCUCUCCUUCUGAUACUUCACUCAUUGACACAGCUAUUGUAAAUGUGACUGUACAAGACACAAACGAAUUCCAUCCUCAAUUUGUUGGCACCCCAUACAAAGUGAACGUCCCUGAAAAUACCACUGUUGAUACAUCUAUUUUAACUGUACGUGCUACAGACAGGGAUGCUGGAAGUAUAUAUGGCAGCAUUGAAAGUUAUGUUAUCAUUGGUAAUCGAGACUCACUACCAUUUGAAUUGAACCUAGCAACUGGCCAGCUGUCACUAACUUCCCCCCUAGACUACGAGAGCGGACUGACACGAUACAAUAUUCUCGUUGCUGCCGUGGAUGGUGGGAUGUUGCUCUCACAAACUACCGUGGAAGUGAUCGUUACUAAUAUUGAAGACGAGCCGCCGUCAUUCAUGCAAUUAGAGUACUCAGUAUCUAUUGCCGAGAAUGAAAUCGACUUCUUCUUGCCUCGGCUCCCUCAAAAUGCUAUCAGUCAACUGAGGGCUACUGACAGAGACACACCUGUGAAUGGGCUAUCUUUCAAUAUUGAGAACUCUACGCUGCAGAGCACAUUCAGCGUUGACUCUGAUGGAUACUUAUACCUAAGACACCCGUUAGACUAUGAGAUACAAUCAAGCUAUAAACUGUAUGUGACAGUAAGUGAUGGUGUGUUCACAGCACAAGAAUUCGCUGUGGUUACCAUCAAUGUUAUCAAUGGCAAUGAUCAACCUCCAGUAUUUUACACCUGCCUGGAUGGUUGCUGUGGAAAUCAAGUCCUUGAAUCAGUCGUUAAUAUUGAGAUCAAUGAAAAUACCGAUCCAAAACUAUAUUUUUUCCCUAUAAUUGCGUGUGACAUUGAAGGAGAUGAUGUCACUUAUACGCUUGAGGGUGGGAGUGAUACUUUCGAAAUUGUGAAUGAACGACUCACUUUGAAGAUAGCUCUGGAUUACGAGGAGCAAAUAAGUUGGGCACUUACAAUCACUGCCUCGGAUGGAAUUCAUGAAUCCACAAUGGAAGUUUCUUUUGAGGUCAUCAAUGCAAAUGACAACCGUCUUGAGUUCAUUGAAGAUGAAUACUCUGUUGUAAUCACCGAGAAUACUGCAUUGCAUCUGUCAGUUAAAGCUACGGACAAAGAUCUACCUGAUGCAGCUAUCGAGUACAGUAUUCAACAAUCUAAUGAACUGCCAUUUGAACUCAGACAAGGACAAGAUGGAGCCAUUAUUUCAUCCACUACGCCAUUCGAUUUUGAAUCAAAUAUGGAAUGGUAUCGAUUCAAUGUAACAGCACACAGUCAGCAAAAUGAAAAUAUUGAGACUGCAGUUGCUGAAAUUUAUGUGGUCGUCAAGGAUGUGAACGAAUAUCGGCCAGUGUUCACUUCCAAGCAGUACAACAGUUCAGUAUUUGAGAAUACCAUGGGUAGCGUUAUUGCUAAGGUUACUGCAACAGAUGCCGACUCGGGCGAUGUGUAUGGACAUGUCGUAUACAGCCUCAUUGAUUCACCCAGCCUACCGUGUGCGAUAAACGAAAAUGGUGAGAUCAUACACACAGAACCAGUGGAUGCUGAGAGAGGACCAACUACUCUUGAGAUGACGGUAGAAGCUAUAGAUGGAGGUGGAUUGAAGGACAGUGCAUUAGUGCUUGUCUCCAUCUUGGACGUGAAUGACAACAAACCAUUCUUCUCACCGGUUAACUAUUAUGCUCUGGUGCCAGAGAAUGCUCCCAUUCAAGAAGUUGUCAUGACAAUAUCUGCAGACGACAAUGAUCAAAGCAAAGACUACAAUGCAAUCAGUGGCUAUACGAUUGAAUCUUCACAAGAGGUACCCUUUGAAAUUGACAGUUCUGGUUCUAUUAAACUGUCUAGUACACUCGACUAUGAGUCAGGCCCUAAAACAUACUCCUUUUCCGUAUCAGCAGUUGAUAGUGGCGGUCUAACAAGUGAGAUACCAGCAAGAGUCACCAUUGAUAUUGCAAACGUUCCAGAUCAGCCUCCCAUCUUUUCACAGUCCUUUUAUUCUGCUUCAAUUAGAGAAAAUUCACAAAAUGGAACGUUUGUUACACAGCUUAGCGUGUCCUCACCUGACGGAGGCAGUGUUAACUGUUACAUAAUGAACAGUGAUAAUCUACCUUUCUCGAUAGGUAAACAGUCUGCUAUCAUUUCUGUAAGUGGAGCAGUAGAUUAUGAGCGACAUACAUUUUUUGAGAUUGUCGUUGCCUGCUAUUCCAACACUAACACUUCAUCGGAAACCUCUGUUCAAAUCAUAGUACUAAAUGUGAAUGACUACCCACCUGUAUUUGGACAGACUGUUUAUCGCUCGACUAUUGUUGAAAAUAGCCCUAGGGGAUCUUUGUCCCUGGAAAUUCAAGCCACUGAUCUUGACAAAGGAAAUGCAGGAAUGAUACAUCGAUUCCUCAUUUACCAAUCAACCAAUAGCUUCUUUGUAGAGAGUUUUAACCAGAGCUCUGGCCGAGCAGUGAUCUCUAAUCUCAUUCCUUUUGAUUAUGAAGCGAUAAAAUCUGUAGAAGUCCAAGUGAGAGCAAUUGAUAGGGGCAGCCCACCCCUCUAUUCUGACCCCGUUACAAUAAUCGUAGAUAUUCAAGAUGAGAAUGACAAUGCUCCCAUUUUCACCCAAGAUGUCUAUUUCACUACACUCGCAGAGAACACAGUGGGACCUGUGAUAUCCACGUCUGUGACUGAUCUAGAUCACGGUAACAGAUCUGGGAAUAUUUUUGACUAUCAAAUACAGCCACCCACCCAUCCAUUUACUAUCUCUGACAAUGGUCUUAUCAGCAUCUCCGAGGCAAUAGACUACGAGUCAUUUGGCAGUGUUUCUGAAACGAGAAUCCAAUUUUCCGUGAGAGCUUUUGAUGGUUACGGUCUUGCGAGUAGACCAGCAAUUGUUCUUGUCAACAUACUGAAUGAAAAUGAUAACACACCACGGCCAAUGUACACUAGCGAGUGGCCGGUGAAGACUGUCCAGUUGGAAUGGGGGAUACCUGUGUCUGCUCUUCCUGUGUUUACACUCACUGCCGUUGAUGAUGACAAAAGCGAUAGCUUGUUCUAUUUCCUGGAAACAGUCGCUCCGGAAUUCCCCUUCACACUACCCCACCUGAAGAGCGGAGAAAUGAUUCUUCAAAGACCACUGACUGGAUUGACUUCCUAUCAUUUUGCUGUGACUGUCCAAGACAGGCACCCACUAUUCUUUCUGCCCGAUACAAACUCCAUUCGUUGGGAAGUCCAAGUAGAAAUCAUUGAUACUAAUAGUCCGCCAUACUUUAGUACUAGCCAAUUCUUCCAACAGAUUACUAUCACCAGAGGAAGAAUCGGUCUCAAUCGUCCUCUCCUGCAGCUAAUCGCCAGAGAUGAUGACUUCCCUGAAUCAUCUUUUGCCACAAUCGAGCGUUACACUGUCACUCCAAUUGAUCUAUUCAAUUCUCAGUUAAACACUACAAACAAUUUACCUUUCAGUGUUACGGUGAAUGGAGAACUUGUAGUAACCGCUCCACCCGUUGAAAACCAGUAUGCAUUCACAGUAGCUGCUGUCGAUGGUGGUGGACUGAUCACACAGAGAGCAGUAGCCAUCACUAUCUUCAUUCAAGAUGGCAACGACUUUGCUCCUGCAUUUGAAAGUCAACAACUUCGAGUGUCUCUACCAGUAUCAGCUGAUAUUGGGUCUGUUGUCACUGAGAUAUCUAUCUCCGAUGGCGAUGAAGGUUUGGGUGGCCAGGUGGAAUGUUUCUUGCAAGGAUCUGUCUCAUAUUUCACGAUAGAUCUCGAGAUGUGUACAGUUUACGUUGCUAAGAGUUUGUUGAACAAUAACCUUGAAGGGAUGGAGUUUGAUAUUACAAUUACCGCAACGGACAAGGGAAGUCCCCCUCUCAGUACUUCAGCUAAUCUCCACAUCACUAUUGAGUCAGGCAGGCUUGAACUCAUCCAGAACAUUACUGAAGUCACAUUUGUAGAAGAAGGAGGCCCGGUGAAACUCACUAACAGUUUCGAGCUCGACAAUAACCGACUAUCGUCUGAUGCACAAUACUCCCUCAGUGUGAGUAUCACACCUGCUUUGUCUGGUAUGUUUAAUCCAGACUUUUACUCAUCACAAUGUUUAGCUGGUGGCAAUGAGGUCAAUCUCCUUGACUGUUUUUCGAAUGCAAAAAAACUUUUCUCUGAGUCUUCUAACACUGAUCGCCCUACUCGCCUCCUUUCCAACAAUGUCCCUACACCUGUAUCUGUUAGAAGAGGUUCUAGUACAAACUUUAUGUUUCAGACAUGGAUCAAAACUGACCACAUCGGGGCUAGAAAUCUUUUAGGAGCAUAUUCAACUAAUGAUGUCACUCAAAAUGAUCCUUUGUUCCUUAUUCAAGUCUCUCAAACUUCUGUUCUAAUUAUCGCUGGGGGACGUAGGAUUGCCUACUCAAUAAACUUUCAGAGCAGUGUCUUACUUAAUAACAAUUGGCAUCACCUCCUUGUUUCAGUGACAUCACAGGACAGUUUUACGGUAUAUGUUGAUGGUUCAAAAGAAGGAAGCGUAUUAUUCGAUUAUGACUUCAAUGACUUCUCUGAUCAAGUCUACAUAUAUACAGACACUUUGAAAGGUGAAGAAAGUACUAUCUCAAUCUUUACUACUCUCUUGUGGAAGGCGUCUUUCAAGUUUAAUUUUGAGCAAAACAAUCUUAUCUCAUCUCUUACCUGCAUGCUUAGCUGUGGAGAAACGCUGAACACCAAUAUUAGCGGAGACGCAGAACUGACGUGGGAUAUCUCAGCCGGCAGGAUAGAAGCUCGAACUAAGAACUUUGAAACUAUAUCAAGAAUGCUAACUCAACUCUCCUAUGACAACAAGGCCUCCGAGCCAUUGGCACACUCUCGACUUGUAACUGUCACCGUUGCUGAUGACAGAUCUCAUUCAAAUGCUACAGUCUCAAUUGUUACUGCUCUUAGAAACGAGCAUACUGCCAUUCUCGAUCUUAACAUCAAUUCCAGGAAAGACGUAUUCUACUACGUCGCCCCAAGUCGCUCACCGUAUCCAGCUGGUUUAGCGUCAAAUCUUUUGCUCACGGAUAUGGACUCAACACAAACAGAUUAUCGAGCCAGAGUGGAAAUUUUAACUCUUAAUGGUCGUUCUUGUGAUCGAUUAGAUUAUUCCCCCAAAAUAAAACUAGAGCAAUGCCUCAGUAAGAGUGGUAUACAGACUGUUCCAAAUGUCUUCAAUUUGUUGCCAAUUCAUCAGUGGGGUCUACACACUCUCUCAAAUGUUAGAACAUUACAACUCUCGUUAUUUGGAUAUUACUUUUAUUCUAAAGGUAUCUUCAUCCCUGAUACGAGUACUUACAAGAAUCUAGAACUAUCUCCUGACAAAUUCUCCAUCAUGUUCUGGAUGCAAUACAGUGCCCCAGGCACUAUUGUGCAUGUCAAAAAUGCAACAAUGAACUUCAUGGUCACAGUGAGAGCUAAUGGUACUGACAUCAGCUUGGACUAUUUAAAUGAACACAGGCCUACUGCUAGUCUCUUCUGGUCGUGGAAUCCAAGAGAAGAGUGGACACAUGUUUCAUUAUCUCUUAAUAGGAAUGUUUUCUCGUUAUGUAUUGAUGGGACAAAAUGUAGUUCACAAUCUUUACCAGUUACAUCUACACCAAACACUUUCACAGGGAUUGAGGCUUUUGUUGGAGCAUUUCCGGGUGAAACCUUACUCGACUCAAGUGAUCGAUACACUGGAACACUCAAUGGUCUAGCACUCAUAUCUGACUAUGUGAUACCUAUGAAUAUUCUCAACUGUGUGAUUGAGUGUGCUGAGAAAAUUGUAUUCACCUCUCCCUCUGUGCUAGACAACCCUCUCACUACGUUACUAGAUUUUCAUUCUACUGGUAUCGCUUCAGCUAAUGGUACCCUUCAAAUUGCUAGCGAUCUGAAAGCAACUGAAUUGCAACAAGUCUUACGUCAAGCAGCCUAUAUUAACUCUCAUCCUUACCAAUACUCUGGUACAAGGAAUAUCCUAUACAGUGUGUAUGACGGUAACACCUUAGUCAAGCCACGUACAACAGCACGGCUGUCAGUACACGUUCUUCAUCAUCAACAAAGAGCAGUGAGCCUUUUGAGACUUGGGCGACAAACACUAACAGCGGCGAGCAUUGUAUCUGGAGCACACCCCUUCACAAGCACUGGCAUAUCUUCCGAUACAAAAUCUAACACUCUCGAUUCUCUACUUGUUGAAAUGACGAGUACACCUUCUUCUCUACCAUCAUGUUAUCGAUCACGCUCUGUGACCACUGAUCAGUGCAAGAGUCUAUUUAGCAUUGAUCGAAGUUUACUCCUGAGAACAAAUCUUGAAGUCAUUGUAAAACCUACUAAACUACUGAUAUAUGGACUUAGUAAUGUCACAUAUUAUGGAAAACUCUUGCACCAAAUAACCAUCCAGAGUGACGAUCCUAGCUCCGUGGUUACGGCCAGCUCUGAAGUCUCUAUUAAAGUAUACAUUUCAGAUAUGAAUGGGAUUGCAUCCAAUAGCAGAACCACUACCAUUUUUGUACAAGAUAGCUCAGCUGGAGCGCGAAAAAAAAGAUCCGUCGUCAAUGAUAGUACAGUGACUACAAAUGGAUCUUUGACCUUUAUAACACUUCUUGUGUCAUGUGCUCUUGUCAUUGCUCUAGUCGUUAUUGGAGUGUUUUUUGUGUGUCUUAUAGCAAAGCAUUGAAGUAUACAAUUUAUAUUAUACUAUAAUCUAUAGCCAUUAUUAAUUUUGUGCACAUUAUAUAUUAAAUUUGUGCAACCUGUGUCAGUGCUCCCCAUGUUAUUAAACUGUUAUCA